AUGGCUUCUCUGUUUUUCAACAAAUCAAAUGUGAUGAUUCUGACCAUUGUGGUUGAAGCGUUAGUUGAUGAAUGGAGUAACAUCACGUCUGUUUUGGUAACAGGGGAAAGAAAGACAAUUAACUCGGAGUUAUGGCAUGCAUGUGCUGGACCCUUGGUUUCCUUACCUCCUGUUGGAAGCCUUGUCAUUUAUUUCCCUCAAGGACACAGUGAGCAAGUUGCAGCAUCCAUGCAAAAGGAGGCUGAUUUCAUACCCAGUUAUCCUAACCUUCCAUCCAAGUUGAUUUGCAUGCUUCACAAUGUUGCACUGCAUGUAUGUGGACUGGGUUUUCACUGUUUGCAAUGUUGAAACCUUUAUGACAAGGAAGCAAUACUGGCAUCAGACAUGGGUCUGAAGCAAAGCCGGCAGCCUGCUGAAUUCUUCUGCAAAACUCUUACAGCUAGUGACACAAGCACUCAUGGUGGAUUUUCUGCUCGUAGAGCUGCAGAGAAAAUAUUUCCACCUCUGGUGUGAUUUUCAAUGCAACCUCCUGCUCAGGAGAUUGUUGCCAAGGAUUUGCAUGACAAUACAUGGACAUUCAGACAUAUCUAUCGGGGACAACCAAAGAGACAUCUGCUGACUACUGGUUGGAGUGUCUUUGUCAGCACAAAAAGACUAUUUGCUGGAGAUUCUGUCCUUUUUUUUAUAGAUGGAAAACAGCAGCUUCUUGUUGGUACAAGGCGUGCUAAUAGACAGCAGCCUGCUCUCUCUUCAUCAGUAAUAUCCAGUGACAGCAUGCAUAUAGGCAUUCUUGCUGCUGCUGCGCAUGCUGCCGCAAAUAACAGCCCAUUUACCAUAUUUUACAACCCAAGAGCUAGCCCUGCUGAAUUUGUUAUUCCAUUGGCCAAGUAUAAUAAAGCUAUGUAUACCCAAGUUUCCCUUGGAAUGAUUAGAAUGAUGUUUGAGACUGAGGAGUCGGGAGUCCGUCGAUACAUGGGUACAAUCACAGGGAUCAGUGACUUGGAUCCAGUGCGGUGGAAAAAUUCACAGUGGCGCAAUCUUCAGGUUGGAUGGGAUGAAUCAACAGCUGGUGAGCGCCCGAGCAGAGUUUCAAUUUGGGACAUUGAACCUGUAGUAACCCCUUUCUACAUUUGCCCGCCUCCUUUCUUCAGGCCCAGGUUCUCCAAGCAACCAGGAGUGCCAGAUGAUGAGUUUGACAUGGAAAAUGCAUUCAAGAGAGCUAUGCCCUGGCUUGGAGAUGAGUUUGGAAUGAAAGAUGCCUCAAGUUCAAUGUUUCCUGGCUUGAGUUUAGUUCAGUGGAUGAGCAUGCAGCAGAAUAACCAGAUUUCUGCUACGCAAUCGGGAAUGUUCCCAUCUUUGCUCUCAUCUAACUCCCUUAAUAAUAACGUCAGCACUGAUGAUCCAUCGAAGUUACUGAGUUUUCAAAACCCUGUCCUCUCUGCAUCAAAUCUUCAAUUUAACAGACCAAAUUUACCAAACCAAGUCAACCAACAAGCCCCCACAUCAUGGCCUCAGCAGCAGCAGCAGCAGAUGCAAUCUUUGUUGCAAGCGCCUGUAAACCAGCUCCAGCAGCAGAGGCAGCAGGCACCGGUCCAGCCCCAGCCACAGCAGCUUCCUGAGCCACAGAACCUCACACAGCAGCAGCAGCCACUGCCCCAAUUGCAGCAACAGCGAGUACAACAACCACAACAGCAGCAACAACAGUCAUGCCAACAGGCCAUUAUACACAACGGGGUAAUUGGUUCUAGCCAGAUUCCAAAUCAGAAUGUGCCACAACCAAUAGCCUACUCUCAGCUUCAGCAGCAGCAGCAGCAGUUACUCUCAGCCAGCAUGCCACUUCAGCAAAAUAUUCAAUCGGCUAGCAAGAAUACAUUCCCACUUACAACCUUGCCACAAGAUUCACAGUUUCAGUCACAGCUAGACCAGCAAGCUACUCUCUUGCAGAGGCAGCAGCAGCAAUCCCAAUUGCAGUUAUUGCAACAAAGCUUGUCCCAGAGGGCCCCGCAACAACCACAAGUGGCUCAAUUACCACAACAAAACCUGUCAGAACAACAGUUGCAGUUACAGUUUCUACAAAAAUUGCAGCAGCAGCAGCAGCAAUUUCUUUCUCCGACUAGUUCAAUUUUGCAGCCUCAGCUGCUACAGCAGCAGCAGCAAGCACACCUACAAAAUCAGCAACUACCACAACCGCCUCUAUCUCAGCAUCAGCCUCAGCCUCAGCAGCUCAGCAACAAUGCUUUAUCUGCAGAGAAGCUUCUGGUCAGCAACAGCUUUUCUUCUUCACCUCUGAUACAACCACAACAGCUUCCUUUGAACCAAGCUCAUAAUACAGCGAAACCACUUACAACUACCAGAGCUCCCUCUAGUCUUACAGAUGGAGAUGCCCCUUCAUGCUCCACCUCGCCAUCAACUAAUAACUGCCAGUCAGCAAACCUCCUGAAGAGAAAUCAACAAGUGCCGGCAACACUAGGGGGGAGCUUGGUAGUUGAGCCCACUAAUAAUCUGGUACAUGAGCUGCAGGGCAAGUCUGACAUCCAGAUCAAACAUGAGUUGCCAAGUGUAAAAGGGCCUGACCCGCUUAAGUAUAAAGGGACAAUAACUGAUCAAUUGGAAGCCUCUUCUUCUGGAACUUCUUACUGCCUUGAUCCUUGCAGUGUGCAGCCAAACUUCCCCCUUCCAAAUUUCUGCAUGGAUGGGGAUGUCCAAUCGCAUCCUAGGAAUAGUCUUCCAUUUUCCUCUAAUCUUGAUGGAUUAACACCCGAUACCUUGCUCUCGAGAGGGUAUGACUCACAAAAAGAUCUUCAAAAUUUGCUCUCUAACUAUGGUGGUGCUCCAAGAGAUAUAGAAACUGAGCUGUCAACUGCUGCUAUCAGCUCACAGUCAUUUGGAGUGCCAAACAUGCCCUUUAAGCCUGGCUGUUCAAGUGAUGUUGCCAUUAAUGAAACUGGGGUUUUAAAUAAUGGCUUAUGGACUAACCAGGCUCAACGAAUGCGAACAUAUACUAAGGUUCAAAAACGUGGCUCUGUUGGAAGAUGCAUUGAUGUCACUCGUUACAAGGGAUAUGAUGAACUCAGACAUGACUUGGCUCGUAUGUUUGGGAUUGAGGGGCAACUGGAAGAUCCUCAAAGGACUGAUUGGAAGCUAGUAUAUGUGGAUCAUGAAAAUGACAUUCUUCUUGUUGGGGAUGACCCUUGGGAAGAAUUUGUAGGCUGUGUUCAGAGCAUUAAGAUAUUGUCAUCUGCUGAAGUGCAGCAAAUGAGCUUAGACGGGGAUUUAGGUAAUGUUCCGAUAUCCAACCAAGCUUGUAGUGGGACAGAUAGUGGUAAUGCAUGGAGGGGACAAUAUGAUGAUAACUCAGCCGCCUCAUUUAAUCGAUAAGGAUGUCAGAGCAGUCUACUUGUAUAUUUUGAAAGCCGGAGGACCAACUUUGUCCUUGACAAUUCUGCUCAUUGUCUUGCCUCUCUGUGACUGUGACUGUGACAGAAGAAAGGAGCCAUAAUCAUUUCAAGUGAUGCUGGUGAUUAGGUAUAGUAGAAGAUUGUUGUCCAAAUGGAUUUUAAUGGGGAGUUUAGGAUCUUAGAUGUAGAAGUAGCAGAUUCGGUUAUUGUUUAAAUGUUGUUACAGACCUUACCUUGAAUCUGCUUUUCUCGUAGCUGCUGUUUUAGGAAAUUUUUUUCCCUUGUUGCUAAAUGCAGCAGCAGUAUAGGCCAAGUAGUGUAUAAUAGAUGGUUCUGAUAUGAAAUUAUUUUUGGCUUACACUUCACACCUCUGUAAAUCAUGUGGUAAAAGUGCAAAGAUGUUGUAACCAUAGUGAUGACUCGGACAGUUGACAAUGGUUGAGAAUUCUAACUCUUCUAGGAGUGACCAGGUUGUUUCAUUGGCGUAAAUGUUGGAGAAGUGCAUUGUGGAUGAGGAAAGAGCUGGUUGUUUUUGGCCCUUCGUCUUCUGGGUGUUGUGUGCUAAGUCUUGCAGUUGACUUGCAUUUAUGUAGAAGAUAUAUCCCGUACGAACUACUUAGUGACUAUAUCAAUUAUAAUUACUAAUCUUGUGACAA